AUGAGUGCCAUCGGGAUCAUCAGCGGGCCUGCCGCGACGGAUGCUCCCGGCCACCCGGACAUGGGUCACUGCACCGCCGCGACUUCGUCCCGCCCCUUGGCGCCAUCGACCUCGUCGUCGUCAUCAUCCUCCUCUUUGUCAAUGUCGUUGUCGUUGUCGUCGUCGUCGCCGUCUCGGCUCAUCGCAACGCACCCGUCGCCGGGCCGAGGGCCCUCAGACACUACGCUGCGGCUCGACGGCGGAUCAUCCAUCGCAUCCACGUCCCCAUCCUCGACAUCCCGCCUGAGCGACUCCCUCGCCAACUCCAUCGCAUCCGGCUCGGCCAGCUCGAACGACGACCUGCCGAGCAGAAGCGGGACCAGCACCAGCACCAGCACCAGCACCAGCACCAGCGGCGGAGACUCGUCCGAUGGGGACGACGAUGACAGCGAUGACGGCACCCAGCUCGUCUUCUUUGGCAAACCCACGGCUGCCGAAGAGGAGAAGCGGAGGCAAUACGAGGCCCGGAUGCGCCGCAAGAAGCUCAUACGCAGAGACAGCCUCGACCUCGCACGCCGCCGGACCAUCGUCCUGCGUCACGGCAGCGACGACGAUGACACCGAGCCCGAGGACGAGACUGUCCGCCUGCCCGCCGCGGUCCAGGUCGUCGAACCGGCCGAUCCAGAUGCCCACCUCACGGAAUCGCUCCGGCAACAGCCAUCCGACCCAGAAGCCCACCUCACGGAAUCGUCCCGGCAACAAUCAUCCGACCCAAAUGCCCAACUCUCGGAAUCGCCCCGGCAACGACCAUCCGUAAAUACCGUCGACGCCGCUGCCAUUGGAUACGACGCAAUACAUGUUGCACCGCCGGAACCUGCCUACGUUGCCGGCGACAUCACCGGCAUCGAGGCGUAUGAGUCGACCGACGACGAAAGCCCAAGCGAGGCCGGAGAGCCACAGCACGAUUCGGCUGUUCAGUCGCAUCCAGCUGUUGACGGACCAGGGCCUCUUGAGGGCGAGGCCCGCGCGCCGCCCACUCUCGUAUUCGCGAAUCUGGCCGGCGUCGGGGACGGCUCCGUCGAGGUCCUCUCAGCGGCCGAGGAUGAAGCCAUCGAGAUCGCCGAGGAAGCAGCUUCACCGAGCGUUGGCGGUCUCAGUGGCGACGAAGAGCUCGAGCCUGCCUCGGCUAGCCGGAACCCAAACGUGGCGGUUGCUGUCGCUCCACCGCUGGUCCCGGUUUCGGACGAUCUUUCGCUGCACUGGGACACCCUCGAAGGCUCCUUGUCGUACGGUUCGGAGCCGUCUUCGACCUCGAGGGAUGAGGCAGAGACGGUCGAGCUUGCCGGGCUUCGUGCUCAAGAUAAAGACCACGAGGCGAGCAACUCCGAUCUUGUUGCAGCAGAAGAGGAGGCCGAGGAGGACCUCAUCGGCGAGAUCGACAUCGACCUGGCGCCAGUCGUGCCUCAAGAGGAGGUUGCGGUAAGCGACACCGACAUUGCUGAAAGGUCCCCUGAGCCGACACGCGACGAAUCAACACCCGGCGUGGCAGCCCCGGCCAUGCUUCCUCUAGAAGCAGCCGAAAUUCUGGACGAAAGGAAAGAGGCCGAAGACAAAGGGUUGGCGGAAGGUCCGGAAAGGACAGAAGAAGAGGAUGACGACGGCGACGAGACGCACGACGAGGAGGCAGAAGAGGAAGAGGAGCUCGUCACUAGCGACAAAGGCUGCGUCAGUGCUGCGUCAGCUGAGGAAAGCGAUGCAGAUGGCGAGGGGCUGCUCGACCUUUCGACUGGCUCUGCCCAACCUGCCACGACCGCAAUGCUGGUCUUGGACGAUUCAGCGACGGAGGCUGCAGCCAAGGAAAGCGGCCUUGCGACUUCCGACCCAGCAGCACUCGUCGAGCAGCAGCAGGCCGCCUCGUCGUCUUCACGUCUGUCCUCGCCAACGCCCGCCCCGCCUGCCUCUUCGACGCCUCUACGCAACCCUUCUUCUGCCGCCGCCUCCGCCAGUAACGAUGCUGCGGCACGGAUCCUCCUCUCGCGCAGUAUCGGCGCUUGCGUUCCUUCACCCGGCUCGUCGUCGAUGCACUCGUCGUUUUCGCUCGACAUGUCGCCAGGCAUGGGCCGCGCCCUGACGAUGCCGCCCACGGAAGCUCUACGACGCUCGGCCAUGGACGACAUCCUAGGCGGCAUCUACGAAAGUCCACGUCCUGGCCCACUUCGGGGCGGCUUCGUCGAUGGCGACCAGGGUCAGGGUCAGAGGCGGUCGGCGCGGCUGAGCCAGAUCUCUUGCCAGCUGUCUCCAUCCAAGGUGGCCUCGCCGACAGCAACACCGCGGCGCAGAAGUCCUGAGAGGAAGGUGCUUAGCGAAGUCACGCCGGCAUCGCAGCAGCCUCCCUUGCAGCCCCCGAGACUCGACAUCGAAGACGACUUGAGGAAGCAGCAGCCAGCGAACAUCGCCACGCCGGUCGACUCCGACGCCUUCGCAUUGACUGGCGAUGCUCUGCUCGACAGUCCAUCGAACGGCGCCGCCAAAUAUCAGCGCAGCCGCGCACGAUCUCAGUCGGCUUCGCCAAAGAAGCGUCGCAGCAAGUCCAACAGCCCCACAAAGGGCCGGAAGCGGACAGAGGUCGACGACGCCCUAGCAGAGGGCCUGGCCUCCGGCAGUCCGAGCAAGCGCCGCGACCACCUCGCAUUCUCCCCCGCCGCCAAUGUCGCCUCGCCCACGGUGCGGGACGUACUUAACGCAUGGGCAGGCGCCAAGAUGCUGACGCCAUACUCCCCCGAGAAGCGCGCGCCCUGGCUUCUUGCGCAGCCCUCGAGCCUCGCCACUCCGUCGCAAAGCCAGCAGACGCUGGGCUCGCAACUGACGCCUUGGAACAUGGCAGCAUCCCUCGGGGCCAGUGGCAGUCCACGCAAGGGAUCCAUGGCGAUCGGCUUGCCUCCGACGGAUCCAGAGACUCGGACAGCCGCCCCUUUGUCCGAGGCGAGGUCAACGCUCAACGACGAGCAGCAGAACAACCAGCAGCAGCAACUUGCGUCGGACGCCCAUGGCCGCAGCGACACGAGCGAGGCGCAGCCGCCACAUUCUGCGCUCCUCGCGCCCAGGAUCGCCAGGACACUGCCAUCGGCUCAGCCGGAGACUUCACGGACUGGCCGGGUGAUGUCGGCCGCGAUACCCAACCGGCACCUGGGCCUGCGCAAGCUGGGCGGCCAUCCGGAUCUCUUGGCCGCGUCGACCAUCGGCACGGGGCCCGCCGCCGAUACGAGCCCAUCUGCGGUCGCGUCGGCUUCCGCUCCGGCGGGUCCAGCUGUCGUGCCUACUGCGGCUGCCCGCAAGACGAAUGGCAUCCCCGUGCCCGUCUCGGCUCUGCCGCGGCCCGUCGCUGGCCCCGCGCCCGUAUCGAGGCUGCCGAAGCCAGCCGCCACAACCCGAGCAGCGGGACUGCCUGCAACAAUGCCAUCCCUGCCAGCCGCGGCGCCUGCCACCGUCUCUAGGCUGGGCAACAAGCUGACAUCGUCGAGUGCGCUCAGGAGCACGGCGCAGGCGCAAGCUCUCAGGACGGUCCCGGCCGCGCGCAGCAUGAGCGCGGCGACCCCGACGAUGGAACCCGCCACGGCUCCCCUACCCAGCUCGAUCCGGGCUAACGCUAGCGCAAGCGCCGCGCCGGCGACCACAAGAGCCGCGUCGGCCGCAGCGACAUCGGAUGCACCCAAAAAGCGGAGUAUUGGCGCCAGCAGGGUGGUGCCGGUUCGAAGCACCGUUGCUGGCCUGCGCAGCUCUUCGGCGGCGGCGGCCUCGACGGUCAAUUCGAGCAGGAGCCCACAGCUUGAUGAGGUGAUCCAGGAGCCGGAGCUGCCUAAUGCGGCGCCGACGCUUAGCAUGCUGGAGCGAUCGCAGCAGAUGCAAGCGCGAGCCUUGGCACGCUCCUCUCCCGAUACAGGCGAGCCGUCUGCGCAGCAGGGCAAUGAUUUGACCGCGGCGCGCGUUCAGUCGCCGCCGACGGCAACGGCCGUGAUCGGCCCACCGUCGUCGUCCUCGGCGCCUGAAGCCGGCCAGAACGGGGGGGCCGCUUCAACAUCGAGCGCGGGACGAGUCUGGAGUCCUGUCAAGGCGCCAGGCACCGCGGCGAGGCUCGGCGGCGGCGGCAGCUCGCCCACCAAACAGCCGGCCUUCUUGAUCCCGUCGUCCCACCUGCGCCGGCUGCAGCCAAGCUCGGAUUCGGUGUCUUCAUCAUCAUCAUCAUCGUCAUCGGGACCGGCUGGCGAGAGCGGGCACUUCCCCUCGCGCCUCGGUGCGUCGGUCAAUGGGGCGGCGACGGCGACAGCCUCUGCUACGGCUCCGCAAGGGCGUCUGGGAACGAGCAGGGGCGCGAGCGGGAGCAACCCGUUCGCCGCUCCGACCUCGAUGCUGCCGUCGCCGACCUCGGCGCGGUCGCUCGAUUCAUCAGAGGCUGCUGCUACUGGGCCUGCGCCCACCAGGGUCGUCCGGCCUCGAGUCGUUCGGGCGACUCCGCUGCGAACCAAGUCGACUGCCUCAGUCGCCCAAAGCACAGCUUCCGACCAGCUGUCGUCUGGGCUGGCAAGCAGCAGCGGCCCGCCGGCCCCGUCGUUGGACAACGAGUCGAACGGGAUCGAGGUUGCAAGCGGAGCUGGUCGAAGUGGACGAUCGCUUAGAUCGGCGGCCGCGGCAGCGUCAACCAAGAUUACCAAAUCGAUUGCCGGCAAUCAGGCUCCCUGGUCAUCGUCGGAGGCUGCCAGCAUCCCGGCUCCAAGCACGACAGCGAUGGCCGCACCUUUGGGACCAGCAACGUCGUCCAACUCGUUGCUACCGCUGUCGGCGACGGAGCUGACCAGGCUGACGAACCAGCACACGCGGCGCAACGGCGUCAAUGCGGCCAAGUUGCUGGUCAAGGUGGAGCGGCGAGGGGGCCAACGCCCGCCCAGCCCUUCGACGAAACUCAAGGAGAGCGCGUCGUCUUCCCUUGUUGCAGCUGAGCGAAGGCGGAAGCGGAUGCAGGAAGACGAGUAUGACGACGAGUUUGACGACGACGACGACGACGAAGCUGACAGCGACGAGGAGAGGGCAAGCUGGUCGGGCGAGCGCAAGCGGCAUCGGAUGGGCAGGGGCGAUGACGAGGUUUACACGACGCCGCCGCGGCUGGCCAGCUCGCAGAGACGGGUGCGGUGGUGCAAGCGCCUCUUUGCUGGGCCUAGCGGCAAGGAAGCGGGCGAGCUGCCCCUUGCGGAUCUCGGAGGUGGCGAUGGCGGUGGCGGCGACGGUGAUGUGGGCGAUGGUGCUGGAGGAAGGCAAGAAAGGGGGGCCCGACCGCGCAAGAGCAGCCUUGCGAGCAGGGACUACAAGCUAGACCGUUUCGGCAAUCCGGACGAGGCUACGCUGCAGCCCCUCUCGCCACGCAUGCGCAAGGUCAAGGUCACGAUCCACAAGAUCGUCUACGACGGCGAGGAGUAG